AUGAUGCGCGAGAUCUUCGACACGUUCUUAACGGACCCAGUCCUCUUGUCGGAAGACGUGUACGUGCUCUGGCUCGAGGGCCAGAACGCAACAAGCGCUCUGGACGUCCGGUUCCGGUCGUAUGGACCAUCGCCUGUGUCAUCCGACAGCCUGCCGGAUGACCGCGACGACGAGCUGCGCGACCUCAUUUGGAGGGACACGGUCGACCAGUAUCGUCUCUUCGAGAAGCUCGAGUCGUAUUUCAUGCACCCAAAGCUCCUUCGCACGCAGCUUCUCU